GCCCUGCCCACCAGUCGAGUGAGCGGCGUCAGUGCUCAGCUGGUUCGAUACCCGCCGCCCGGGCGAGUCUCCCGGCCGUCGGGUUCAGGCAGCUGCUGCCUUUGUUUUGCAGGGAUAUUCACAUACCGCCGGAGCUGCUCUGCGAUCGAGGAUGCCCAGUGCAAGUGCAAGUCAGGGUACCGCUGCACCCGGGAAGACUGCCGUGAGUGCGCCCAAAACUGCGGAAGAGGCGAGCAGCUCCUCGGGACAGGUUGUGAGACUUGUCCCUGGGGGACCUUCAAUAAUCAGAGUGAUGGGGUCUGCAAGAAAUGGACCAAAUGCUCUGGGGAUGAGGUCCUGAAGCAAGGAACUAGCACAAGUGAUGUGAUCUGCAGCCAUAUGUCAGGGAGUCUAGCUCCACCCGCCAGCACCACUUACCCCGCAAUACCAUUUUCUACCCCUGGGCCAGGGAAGAAUCUGGAGAUGGACAUUGUUCUCACGGUGGGCCUGGUGUUGACCAUAGUGUUUCUGUUGCCUUUGGGGGUGUUUCUUAUCAUCUGGAAGAAAAGAAAACUACCUGACAUGUUCAAGAGAAUAUAUAUAACACCUGAGCAAUCAACUCAAGAGGAGGAUGCCUGCAGCUGCCGUUUUCCAGAGGAAGAGCAAGGGGAAUAUGAUGACUGCAGCAAACUGGCACAAUUCAAAGAUUCAUCAAUGAAUUAGAAACUGGAUUCUAUAGGUCAGCAAAAUCUGGGUUUCCUUUCAGAACAGCUGAGAGGAACUUCAUUAUGCAUCAGGGUGGGACAGCAGGGUUAAUGACCUUCCAGUCUGCAGAUUGAACAGGUGGGGUAUGGAGAGGGUAAAGUAGUCUUCCCUAAGGCCUCUCUCUCACCCAAACAGAGCCUUUUUUAAAUUAGUCCUUGACAACCUUUUCAAAUGAAGUGGAAUCAAAUUGUAUGGAGUAACUUCAAAAUGAAAGCAACUUGCUAGCUUUGCUGAUAGAGUGGGGAUACUAUUUCUACAGUACUUUGACUUGCUGUAGUAAGAAAACUAUACCAGUUAUACAAGGGCCAAACUGCUUUUCUAGAGAUCUUCUAAUAAGAGAUGCCCAAGCCAUAGUUUUGCUAACAUUGGAAAGACUGAGUGUAAGAGGCUAGUAGCACUGAGUGCCAAGUAUAGUGCAGGUUGCCAGUGUGCAAACUUCCCAUCUUUCUGCUCUCCAGUGUACUUCAGCUGCGAACUACAUCACCCCUGAUCACUCCUGAUCUGGUCCUCAGACUCCAGAAGGCUAGAUGUGAUCCAGAAUCUAUAUGGAUACUGUUGCAACAUGCAGAAUCGUGUUUUUGCACUUGUGUGCACACACCCUCAUUUGCAUGCUCUUGCACAUGUGCACACAUACCCACUCACAUGCACGCACACCCUUAGCAGUUAACUUCUGUCCUGAUUUGCAGAACACUUUCCUAUUUAUUCUACUUUUAGUUUGUAGCUAAAAGUGCUAUGGAAAGUCAUGGUUGCAGAAUGUCUCAUAACACCCCUUCUAUGUUGUCUGAAGAACCCUGUUAUGCUAGCUCAUUUGGGAGGUGUAGUGGAAAUACUGUGACAAUCUGUGGUUGGUUUGGUCUGUGAGAAAUAGGCAAUUGAUGCAGCUGGCUUGCAUCAUUCUUGUGAUGUUAAAUUCUUAGCUUUUUCUUUUAAAAGUUUUUUUUGGGGGGGGUGGUAAGUCCAGUACAUAACUUGAAAAUAAACAGCACAUUUUUUCUUACAAUUAAGU